AUGUCUUUGAAGAAUCGUAAUGUUGGUCGUAGGGCAUGGAACAUCCUGCGGCUUUCAUUAUUGUGGGCAAGAAAAAGUGCUGUGUUUAGGCGCAAGCUAGCGACGGAGCUGCGUCUUGUGCCAAAGUAUUUGAAGCGUCUCGGACACGCAAACACGCCUGAUAAUCAAAUUCACUACUUUGAGCGUGAACUCUCCUUCGAUGAGACACCUAUGUUCGAUGUUAAGAUGUAUCGUCCGUCAUCCAUGCGUUUUCAUAUUCCGUGUAUAAAUUCACGUGUUGAUUUUGAGUAUGAUUUUAAUGAUGAUGACAUUGUUGAAUAUGACAAUGGGAGAAAUAGUGAUAUCGUUGAUGCAGGAGAUUAUGGGGUUGAAGGGUGUCAAGAAAUGGGUUUUAGAGAACAAGUGCAAGAAGGUGGUGUACAAGGAAUAGACAAACGUGCUGAUGAGUUCAUUGCUAAAUUCCAUCAGCAAAUGAGACUUCAGCGACAGAUUUCUCUUCUACAAUACAACAAGGAAACACCCAGCAGAGACACGAAUUGA